GUUUACGCCCACAUCUCCUUCCGUUUCUCGGCAUCGUCGACACCUCCAUCGGCCUCCGAUCUCUCCACGAGCCUCCGCUCCAAUCCGAGGAUCUGCGGCGGUGGGCAGUGGUCGGCCGGCGAUGGCGCACCGAGUGGACAACGAGUACGACUACCUCUUCAAGAUCGUGCUCAUCGGCGACUCCGGCGUCGGCAAGUCCAACAUCCUUUCCCGGUUCACCCGCAACGAGUUCUGCCUCGAGUCCAAGUCCACCAUCGGCGUCGAGUUCGCCACCCGCACCCUCCAGAUCGAAGGGAAAACCAUCAAAGCUCAAAUAUGGGAUACUGCGGGGCAAGAGAGGUACCGUGCAAUCACAAGUGCUUACUACAGAGGAGCCGUGGGUGCACUUCUAGUCUAUGACAUCACGAAGAAGCAGACAUUUGAAAACAUACAGAGGUGGCUCCGCGAGCUCCGUGACCACGCGGACUCCAACAUCGUGAUCAUGAUGGUCGGCAACAAGUCCGACCUGAACCACCUGAGGUCGGUUCCAGAGGAAGAUGGGCAGGCGUUAGCGGAGAAGGAAGGCCUAUCCUUCCUCGAGACAUCCGCCCUCGAAGCCCUUAACGUCGAGAAGGCGUUUCAGACCGUCCUCUCCGACAUCCAUCAGAUCAUAAGCAAGAAGGCGCUUGCAGCCCAAGAGGCAGCAGGUAGUGGACCUCCAGGUCAAGGAACCACCAUCAACGUUGCGGAUUCGUCUGCCAACAUGAAGGGAGGGUGCUGCUCUUCCUAGGUGUGCAGACAAAGACAUGCUGCUGCUGCUGCAAAAAAGAGAGAGAGAAACCUCAUGGAUCGUACGAUACUUUAGGUGUUAUGUAGGUGACGACUCCUUUUGGCCUGUAACUCCGGUGGGUUGUAAUCACAGUUCAUACUUCUGCAAAGAAAUCCUCCUCUCAGGUAGAUAUGGCGUGUAGUUUUUGAAAUUUUGGUAGAGAGCGAUGGUUGGCAGACUUGCGUGGAGCCCAGCUUGGUGUUUUCUUUCAGUGUUCUAUCUUAAGUAGCCCUCUGCUGGAAAAAGGACCCAGAUAUUUCUUGUAUUUGUACUCGAGUUUGCGGUGUUACCAGAUAUACUUUGAUUCCUGUGCU